UUUCUGACAAGACAUCCCAGGGACCGCCAUUUUCUAAGCGUCCAGUGAUUGUUUGAGAAACGCUUUUUGGUCUAGUGUUUUUAACAGGAUAGUACCUUAAUAUUUAGGGAUCUUGAAAUUUCGAAUUUACACCGGCCGGCAUGGGUGAUUAUCAAGUUACAAAUGUGCAACAAGAUUCAUUAGGAAGUGUUCAGCUGGAACUCGGGGGAAAUCCAAAUGCCCUGGCAUUAAGGCGGCCUUUCGACCCUUUGGCUCACGAUCUGGAGGCUGGUUUUAGAUUAACCAGAUUUGCAGAUCUGAAAGGAAGAGGUUGUAAAGUUCCCCAAGAAGUUUUAAAUAAAUUGGUAGAAGGACUACAACAAGAUUUCAAUACAGCUGCAGAUCAUGAACAUGCUCACUUUAUGCAUAUGGCCAUUCCUAGGAUCGGAAUUGGCUUGGAUUGUUCGGUCACACCACUUCGACAUGGAGGAUUAUGUUUGGUCCAAACUACAGACUUCUUCUACCCACUGGUGGACGAUCCAUAUAUGAUGGGAAAAAUAGCAUGUGCUAAUGUAUUGAGCGAUUUAUAUGCUAUGGGAGUAACAGAAUGCGACAACAUGCUUAUGUUAUUGGGAGUAAGCACAAAAAUGACAGAAAAGGAAAGAGAUGUUGUUAUACCUUUGAUAAUGAGAGGAUUUAAGGACUCUGCUCUUGAAGCUGGUACUUCAGUAACUGGCGGACAAACUGUUGUGAAUCCAUGGUGUACGAUAGGAGGUGUUGCUACUACUGUAUGUCAACCUAACGAAUACAUAGUACCAGACAAUGCCGUUGUAGGAGAUGUACUAGUUCUUACAAAACCUCUCGGAACACAGGUUGCAGUGAACGCGCAUCAGUGGUUGGACCAGCCGGAACGCUGGAACCGCAUCAAAUUAGUUGUAAGUGAAGAAGACGUACGUAAAGCCUAUCAUAGAGCUAUGGAUUCUAUGGCCAGGUUGAACCGCAUAGCUAGCAGGUUGAUGCACAAAUAUAAUGCCCAUGGGGCAACAGACGUGACAGGUUUCGGAUUGUUGGGCCACGCUCAGACCCUGGCCUCCCAUCAGAAGAACGAAGUCUCCUUUGUCAUACACAAUCUGCCGGUUAUUGCAAAGAUGGCCGCUGUUGCAAAGGCGUGUGGGAACAUGUUCCAGCUUUUACAAGGACACUCUGCGGAAACGUCGGGGGGUCUGCUUAUAUGCUUGCCCAGGGAGCAGGCAGCGGCCUACUGCAAGGAUAUUGAGAAGCAAGAAGGAUAUCAGGCUUGGAUCAUCGGUAUCGUGGAGAAGGGCAACCGUACAGCGAGAAUCAUUGAUAAACCGCGAGUGAUAGAAGUGCCAGCAAAAGAAUGAAUUUUUAACUGAGAAGAAGCAACACAGAUAAUUUCUCUUGAUAUGACUUUGCUGCUUUUUGCUGCUUUGGUCAUAUACUUGUAGACAUACCUCUAAGAUCAUUUUCAGUUCUUCCUAUUUUAUAAAAUCGAGAAAAACGAAAAUUGCGUGUUAUGUAUAUGAACAUUGUCAAAAAAAAAUGAUUGUUUUGAAUGAGUUACAUAUAAUUAUAUCGAUUAUUUUUAGUUUGUAUGGUACUAUAAUAAAAAAGAUGUUCAUAUUUGGUAUUUUGUAUAGAAGUUUUAAUUACAAGACUAUUUAAGUAACUUUA